AGCAAGGCAGUCCUGUAUAGGUGUGAAGGUUUGCUUGCAUUAGGGAUACCCCUGGGCAGAAGUAGAGAGCGUAGCGUGUGUCCGAGCGUGUGCACGGCCGACCGAGAAGAACAGCGGGCAGAAAAAGAUAAGGGCCGAAAGCGGGCGAAGCUUACGCUGAUAGGAAGAAUCUCGCAACGGACACUGGGCAGGCCUUCACGAAGGACGAAAACAAGAGAAUUGCAACGCACGGAAACCGAGGAAGCUUCUAUCAGGAAGACGUCAGACUACCAUCGACGCCAGCACCAUCAGCUACCUCAUGCCUACCAACCGAGGCGUGUUCGAGCUCACCAUCUUGGGCUGCUCGGGCGGCCCCAUAUCAGGGAAAACGUGCUCCUUCAUGCUCAAGCCCACCGACGUGGACUACGCUGCGAUUGUGUCGCAGGACGGCGCAGCAGAGGGCGCCCUGCUAGUCAUUGACGCCGGCACGGGCUUGACGUCCCUCGUCGACAUCCUGCAGAACAGCUCCUCCUACAUGGAGUCGUGCUUUUUGUUGGAGCUCUACCCGCAGAACCAGGACCUCAUUGCCACUUACGUCAACACACAGAACCUGGCCAUCACGGCGCCGCUGCGGGCUCUCCGGACGGCGGCCGCCGGUACGAGGUCGAGUCUCCAGCUCGCAGACGAUGUGCUCAACUCCAUCGACGCCUACCUCAUCACCCACCCACACUUGGACCACGUCGCCAGCUUGGUCAUCAACUCGCCGGCCUUCUCCUCGCCCAAGGCCGUCUACGGCCUUCCAGACACAGUCGCCUCGAUCAAAGACAACCUCUUCAAUGGCCGCGUGUGGCCCGACCUGGUCAGCAUGGGCAUCAUCGCCCUCCACCAGCUCGCAGACAGCGUCCGGGUCACAGAUAUCUCCAGGCGAUAUAGCAUCACCCCCUUCAAGGUUUCCCACGGCAUCACAGCAUCAGGCAGCCGAUAUAUAAGCACCGCCUUUCUCAUCACCGACACCAAGCACGACUCAAGCAUCCUCCUUUUUGGCGACGUCGAGUCUGACGUCGUCGCCAACUGCAACUACAACAAAGUCAUCUGGACACACGCGGCCCCGCUCAUAACAGCAAACAAGCUCAACACCAUUGUCAUUGAGUGCUCCACCGUGGACAAGCCGCCGCCCUUGUUUGGCCACAUGACCCCCUUCAACUUGAUCUACGAGCUCUCGACGCUACGCAAAUUGUGUGUCGAUCUCCGGUACCCCGACACGUACAUUGGGUCCCGCUACCAGCCCUUGGCCGGCUUCAAUGUCAUCAUCAUACACGUGAAGGAAACGCUGGACGACGUGAACCCCAGAUGCCUCAUUUUGCAGAGGCUCAACACUCUCAACACGAAUUUCAACCUCAAAAUCAAUUUCACGAUGGCCUUGUCGGGCUUGUCAUUUGUGUUGUGA